UCCUAUUAAACGCUUCCGUUGAUCUCCGCUUGCCAUGUAUAAAGCAUCACUUCCAACGUAAAAAUUAAGUUUACCCAUAUGAAAUAGCCACACUUGCCAUUAUAUGUGAUAUGUUGUCUGGGUAAUUACAGACACUCCCCUUAUUCCCUGGAGUGUCAUCCCGUCCUGAACGCCCGCUUAGUCGCGCGGCCAGCUUCCGCGCGCCGGCUAUAUUCACCAACGACAGUUGCGCAUCGGUUGCGGUCGCCUGGCCGACGGGAGGGUGUGCUUUGCGCUGUCGGCGUAGCAACACUUCGGAAAUCCGAAUACGCCGCAAAACCACGCAGUCUUCGUGGCAAGGAGCCCCUCGGAAGCCGACGCAGUAGGAGGUGGCCGUGCGCCCCGCUCUCGGUGCACUUUUACGGAAACCGACCCGCUUCUAGGCGAGCUCGAACCCGGCCGAGGCCCCAGAUAAGGUUCCCAGGACGUCUCUCCUUUGGUUUCCCAGAAGCCCACGGGGCGGCAGGCAUGUGGAAGAAGGCUCUGGUGGCCGCCUUGCUGGCACUGGUAGUGGGAUUCGUGUACCACACUGACCCCACGCUGCCAGAGCGCCUGCUGGAGGUACUGUCCCACUCCCUGGCUACCCUGCAGGAGGCCCCCUCUGUGGAGGAGACCAUCGCCGAGGCCUGGGAGGCCCUGAUCACUGCCCCAGGACAGCAGUGGAGCCGAGUAGCUGUGGGGGUCAAUGCCUGUGUGGAUGUGGUCGUCUCUGGCGUGGGUCUGCUCCAGGCAUUGGCGACUGAUCCACGGCCCGGCCAGGACCACGAUGUGCUUCACUCCAAGGAGGACCUGAAUGAGGCCUUCACGUACUUCCUAGGGCGGGGCGCGGCCGCUGAGCGCUUCUACGCGAACCAUGAGGGCUUUCAAAGGAUCGCGCAGGCUGCUGCUGAAUACCCCGGGGCACAGUUUUAUGUCGGUGGGAACGCUGCUCUGAUUGGUCAGAAAUUGGCUACUUACCCUCAACUAACGGUGCUGCUGUGUGGCCCCAUCGGGCCAAAGCUCCAUGAGCUCCUGGACGAGCAGAUCGUGGUCCCGCCCGCCUCCCUGCAGGAGACAGACGAGUACCACCUCAUCCUGGAGUACAAGGCAGGUGAGCAAUGGGGGCCGGCGCAAGCUCCCCAGGCCAACCGCUUCAUCUUCUCCCACGACGUGGCCAACAGCGAGAUGAGCCUGCUGGAGACCUUCGUGGCCAGCCUGGACGAGUUCCAGCCCGACCUGGUGGUGCUGUCCGGCCUGCACAUGAUGGAGGGCCAGGGCCGCGAGCUGUGGGAGGAACGGCUGAAGGAGGCCGUGGUGGCGAUUUCUAACAUCCGUAACGAGGUCCCCAUCCACCUGGAGCUGGCUAGCAUGACGGACCGGGAGUACAUGAAUAGUAUCAUGCAGGAGCAGGUCAUGCCCAUCGUGAACUCCAUCGGACUGAACGAGCAGGAGCUCCUCUUCCUUUCUCAGGCGGGUUCCGGGCCCCAUUCCCAGGUGGCAUCCUGGGACAGCGUUCCCAACGUGGGCCAGGUCAGCGACAUCCUGCUUUGGCUCCUGGAGACACACGGACGCACGGAUCCCGAGUCGGAGGCCGACCUCACCCGGGUGCACUUCCACACGCUGGCCUACCACAUCCUGGCCACGGUGGACGGCCACUGGAGCAAUCAGGAGGCGGCGGUGGCAGCGGGGGCUCGCGUGGCCAGUGCGCAGGCCUGCGGGGUGCAGCAAGUCGACGCCUCCCGGGUGCGGCUGCGAGCGCCGCUGCGCUUCCAUGGCUCCCACGCUGAGCCAGGUGAGAGCCUGGCACUGGACCCCCGGCGGCCAGUCACUGUGUGGCACCGGCGGAACGUCACCUUCCACCUCAGCCCCGUGCUGGUAUGUCAGCAGCCACUGCGGACCGUGGGCCUGGGCGAUGCUAUCUCUGCGGAGGGGCUCCUGUACUCUGUCAUGCUCCAGCGGCAGUAGUGGCCUGGGAACCCCCGCCCCCCACCUUCUUCAGGACUGUCGUCUGGGAGACACAGUUCUGUUAGGCAUAGGGCUUAUAGGCCAGACCCCCCCCCCCCCAAAAAAAAAAAAACUCGAUGCAGUAGGUUUGUUUACUUCUAACGACUGAUCCUGUUGACCUCGUUUGAAGAGUACUUGAGAAGUGUCGUAAUAACCUGCAGGAAUUCACCACUCCAGCUGCUACUGAGGUCUCGCGUCCAACGGCCAUGAGCGUGCCGUUUAAACCUGCAGGCACAGACCAUCCAUCUGAUGGUCUUGUUAUCAAUUGGCCGCACCUGCCAGGCAUUAGGGAGAGCCCUGACCCAGCCAGCGCUCACAUUAGCGUCCGAUGGUAAAGGGUGGCUGCAGAAAGUCCGCGUGAGGAAUACAGCGCUAGUGGCCCGUUAGCGAGAUGGGCGUGAGCAUGCUCCUGAUGUAACCGGACACAGCCGGCCAGAGCGGCAGUGCGUGACACUGAGACCCAGGUCUUAAAUUACAGUGAACCUGCAGUAACAAAACACAACUGUGCAUCCCGUACUUGAAAAGAAUGUGCCCCCACCCAAGUCUUAUGCUUGCUGUCAUUUAAUAUGAUCGGCAGGUAAUUCGUUUCCUUAAGCUUGUGACAUUUUUAUCCCCAAUUUAUUUCAUUAUUCAGGGACUUUUGAUUUUGAUUGUUGCUUUUCUGUGUGUUUGUUACUGAAUGUGUGAUUUAGUUUCCAUACCUUUUUCUUUUUACAAGAUAUGCUAAAAUAGGUUUACAUGCAUUGGUCUAAUCACAACCAGUUUUUGAAAUGUAGAGUUACUUUUAUGAUAUUAAGUAUGGCAGUUACUACAGUCCUCCACUGGUAGAGGGCAGCACCUAGAUUGCUGGUGUGAAAUGGCAGGUUUGCUGAGCAGUGGAGCCUGAGCCAGUGGGAGGAAACCUUCACACUCCAUAGCUUCUGAUAGGCUACAGAGAAUCAUGAUAUAUUUUUUUUUUUUGUAAAUAUCAAUAUUUACAAAAAUUUAGGUGUUGAAUAGCUUCAGACAUAUACUUUUAGAACUCAGAUUGAAGUUAUUUUCAUCAUUUAACAUUUUGACUUCAAAGUACAUGUCUUAAUUUUUGGGAAACAUCAGCAAAGUGCUUUCCUAUUUGAAUGAGACGUUGAAUGAGUUGCUAAGAUAGAAAGUGAUUCCACCGUUAUUUUAUCUUUCUUUUUGGAUACUCAUUUCUGUACAUAGCAGCACAGUUGUGGGAUAUGUGGGGUUAGGGUUAUAACUACACAGCCACUUUUAAGAAUUAACUGAUAAUCAACACAAAUAGCUGCAGGAAGAUCCAUAUUAAACUGCAGAGCUGAAAGAGAUUAUGUGAUAACCAUACGGCCGUUUUUAAAAGAAUUAACGAAUCAAUGCAAAUAGCUGCAGAUCCAGAUUAAAACUUUUGAUAUAGCAUCUUAUAGAAUGACACACAAAUCCACUGAAAGUAAGGGACAGCUCAUGUAAUCGAUGAAUAUGAUUAUAAGAAGGCAUAAGGGACAACUGGUUUUGAGAUUAGAAGACAAGUUCUUAAAGGAAUGUGUCAUCACUUACUAACACAUAGCGCUGGCUGCCACAGCGACAGGAUAAAUAUGGCCAGUCUUGUAUUCCUCUCAGUCCUUGUUAACUCGAUUUAUCCAGUUACUUCUGUGAAGGCUGUUAUCCAUAGAUGCCUAGAUGAGAUCGGCACAUGAAGAUGUGUUCCGCUCUAAUCAGUAACUAGGGUCAACACGUUGUUCUGCAAGUAGUUAUUUUAUUGUGAGCAGAGUUAACAGCAUCAGCAGGAUGUUAAUAAACAAGAGCCAAGUCUAGAUUCACAGACCAAUGUUUCACAGUAUGCAGCACGUCUCAAAACAGACGCGUAUCAUGAUGCUAGACUGAGUGAUAAGAGUCAGGAAUCUUCUAUGUCAACUGCCUUAGUCUGCUGUCUUUUUAUAUGAAUAACCAAGCUUAUGUUUCUCAAUAAACCAGCUUCGUUUUCAAUUUAAA